CUCUUGGGACGGGAUGCGGGGACCCCGGGCCGGCGCUCUCGCGGUGCUCCUUGGGCCUCACCGUGCGUGGCCACGCGGGACGACCGUUGGGCUCCUCACCUGGGGGCAGUCUCCUCACCUAGGGUUGGGGCUCCUUGCCCGGGGCCUGAUGAGUGUGUUUCUGGGGUUCCAGACAUCUGCAUUUCCCCACGUGCCCGAGGCAGUUGGCACUGGAACCCGUGGUUUAAGUUAGGAGGAACGGAGGUGGGCAUUACCUGGUUUCUAGUAGGACAGAACUGCCAGAAGGAAGCAGCACAAAUGAUAGAGUUUUCUCUGGCCGAAUUUGUACCAGUUCCUUUGUGUUUCCAGCCAGGGAUUAAUAACGUGAACAUCUGACUUGACCAGUUUCAGUAGAGACCUUAGAAUCCGAAUAGACGGGGACAAGAAGCCCUUUGCACCUAAUCUGAGGGGUCACCAUCCUAUAAACUACGUGUUUUAAAGUCGUGGCCUGUCUUGGCCUGUGGGUGCCUCAGAUUAACAACCCGAACAGCUGCAAGCAGGUGUGGACCAGUGCACAUGCGUCUGCUCACCGUCUCGGGCCCGGUGGGGGUUGACCAUGGUUUCUGUACUUGCUUAUGUCCUGUUUGUUUCCUCGUGGUCCCGGGUGGGCAUGCAGGGUGCCGCUAGCGCCUUCCAACAUAAGCUGCUUUGCCGGUUGGUUUCUGCCGUUGGUCAUCGGCACAGGGCACACUCUCAUCUGGGUGAGAAGCUCCUGGGGCCCGGAGCGGGGUUUGGCAGGUACCUUUUCACCCCACAGCUCGUGAAAUAACAGAGUCUAGAUCUUCCCGCAGGGGAACCUCCUCCGGGCAGAGGUGUGGAGUGGGGUGUGCAGGGACUGGCCUGGGACAGCUGUGAGCCCGAGCGAGGUUCCUGCCACGGAGCACCUGCGCAGCUGCUCCAACCGCCUGGCCUUAGAGAUGCUUCCUAGUUCUUUAGACUCUUUUUCCCCUCGAACAGUAAGAGAACAGAGAGUAGUAUAUGAACGUUCCGUGGUCUCUUCGGCUUCACUGGAAAUUAAAGCGUGAACGUUUCUUUAAUGAAAAUGUAAACUGGUGUGAUGAGAUCCACGCUUAGUUUUUAUGAAUUUCUUCUUCAAGUAGUUUAUUGAGCACCUGCUAUGCGCCAGGCUGUGCUGAUACAGCAGUGAGUCAGCCCUGCCCUCAGGCUGUGAGCCCAGUAGGGGAGACAGAUGGCCCCUGUGAUGACCAGAGUCCAUCCUUGCUGAGGUUACAGUGGGCAGCGGGGGACAGAAAAAUCCCGCCCUUACAUUUGGUAAGAGAAAAGUUCUGUUUCUUCCCUGGGAACUGCACGUUAUUUUGGUAAUUCUUAAUUCUUAGAGCCCUUUGACCCCCCUUACUUCCCUCACCUCACCACCAUAUCAGACAGGAUUCCUGUUCCCCCAGUUGUUGAUUCCCCACUUGCUAUCUUAGGAGAGUACAGACUUCAUACCUCUCCCUCGAACCAAAAAGUAGUUUUAACAAAUAGUAAGCACCGUGGUUCUCUCCUUUCACUUCUUGCCCUUCUGGUUUUGAUCAAAUAAAAGCAAACCUGUUUUCAGACAAGCCAGAAACAGGAAGAGUUUGCCAUCUUCCUUCCCUCGCCAGAUUGAAAGAUGGAGGUCUUCCAUGAGUAGGAACUGCCCCAGACACUUCCAUGGUUUUCUCAGGAAGCUUCGUGGCAUGGGGUGCCCCCCAAAGUGCCGUUGGUGUUUGGGUGGUCCAUUGCAGGCACAUCUGUCUGCAUCCCCACCCUCCCAGGAACACACUCUUGCUUUCUGCCAUAUCCACGAGUUUGUGCUCAUGCCCAGCGUGGUGCUCCCCGGGGCUCUAAGAGGCUCAGGGGGUGAAGUUCAGAACACAGCAGGUGGGUGUCCGCGGCCGUCUCACCAUCCUUGGGGUGCAGGGCUUUGCUGGCGCCCCGAGCCCUGCGCCUCACCUCCUGUCCUCUCGUGGCUGUCCCUCUGCAGUUCUCCAGGCGCACCCCUCCCGCCCUUCUACUUCACAGCCUCCCGGCCCGUCUCCCUCGGCCAGUACCGUGCGGGCCGAGCCCAGCUUGUUCCUAACUCUCCGGCCAGAUUUCAGCUUCUCGAGCACGGGGGUCGUCCUGCUGCCCUCCAGCGCCGGGCUGGCCCAGGGCCCGGCUGCACAGUGGACUAAACUCGGGUCCUGCAACUCAGGUCUUUCUUCCUGGAAAAGUAUUCACACAACUUAAAGCGUAAGAAGGCUGGUUAAAGUACGAAAGCUUCUCUAGCGUGAUUUUUCUUUCAGCGUUCUAUUUUGAUGUGUUUUCAGAUUACAGAAGCUGCAGCAGUUCAAAGGAUUCCCAUUCCCUUCAAACACAUUUCCCAGGUGUUAACUCGAGUGUGAGUUUUGAAGCUUGGGGACCUGCGACUCUAUUCUCUCAAAACGAUUCGAGUGGCGGUGCCGACGGUGGAUGAAGGUCCGUGAGGCUGACGUGCAGAAUGGCCGGGAAGAGGCCGUCGGGCCUGGGCAAGCAGCGCCGGCUCCUGGGGCUGCUGGUGGUGGUAGCCGCCGUCCACCUGGUUGCCUGCCCCUACACCAAAGUGGAGGAGAGCUUCAACCUGCAGGCCGUGCACGACCUGCUCUACCACCGGCUGGAUGUGGAGAAGUUUGACCAUCUCGAGUUCCCUGGCGUGGUCCCCAGGACGUUCCUCGGGCCGCUGGUGAUCGCGGCACUCUCCAGCCCCGCCGUUUACGUGCUUUCGCUCUUGGAAACGUCCAAGUUCUAUUCUCAGCUAGUAGUCAGGGCCGUCCUUGGACUCGGCGUGAUCUUUGGACUCUGGACUUUACAAAAAGAAGUGAGGCGGCAGUUUGGGGCCACGGUGGCCACCCUGUUCUGCUGCGUGACGGCCUCGCAGUUCCACCUGAUGUUCUACUGCACGCGGACACUCCCCAACGUGCUGGCCCUGCCUGUGGUCCUGCUAGCCCUCGCAGCCUGGCUGCAGCAGAGGUGGACGCGCUUCGUCCGGCUCUCGGCCUUCGCCAUCCUGGUCCUCAGAGCCGAGCUGAGCCUGCUCCUGGGCCUGGCGCUGCUGCUGCCGCUCUGCCUGCGGAAGGUCUCGGUGGCCCGGGCCCUGCGCUGCGCUGUGCCGGCUGGGAUCCUCUGCUUAGGGCUGACGGUGGCCGUGGACUCCUAUUUUUGGCGCUACCUCGUAUGGCCAGAAGGAAAGGUGCUCUGGUACAACACCGUCCUGAACAAAAGUUCCAACUGGGGCACCUCGCCGCUGCUCUGGUACUUCUACUCGGCCCUGCCACGCGGCCUGGGCUGCAGCCUGCUCUUCGUGCCCCUGGGCGCCGUGGACAGAAGGGCCCUGGCACUGCUCCUGCCGGCGCUGGGCUUCGUGGCUCUGUACUCGCUUCUCCCGCACAAGGAGCUGCGCUUCAUCAUCUAUGCCUUCCCCAUGCUCAAUAUCGUGGCCGCCAGGGGCUGCGCCCGUGUGCUGAGUAACUAUAAGAAGUCCUGGCUGUGUAAGGUGGGGUCCCUCCUCGUGAUAGGACACCUCGUGGUGAACGCCACAUACUCGGCCACAGGCCUGUACGUGUCCCACUUCAACUACCCUGGCGGCGUGGCGAUGCAGAGGCUGCACGAGCUGGUGCCCUCCCGCACAGAUGUCGUUGUGCACAUCGAUGUGGCCGCUGCCCAGACAGGUGUGUCCCGGUUUUUGGAAGUCAACAGUGCCUGGAGGUACGAGAAGAGAGAGGACGUGCAGCCCGGCUCCGAGCGCAUGCUGGCCUACACGCACCUCCUCGUGGAGGCCGCCCCCGCGCAGCUGGCCCCGUACCGGGACACGCACCGGGUGCUGGCCAGCGUCCCAGGCAUGACCGGGCUGAGCCUCAACCUGAGCAGGCUGCCCCCCUUUGACGUGAACCUGCAGACCAAGCUGGUGCUUCUGGAGAGGCUUCUCGGGCCUUCCUGAGGAGGAGCCAUAGGCCCUCCAGAAACAUCGGCAGGACGAGACGGGAAACGCGCAGAGGACCACGGGUGUGCCCUCACGGGGGCGCGUCCACAGCCACAGCCGGGGCACCCACGUCCACGCUGCCCACCGCUUGUGAGAACGAGGGGCCUGGCACCCCUGCCAGGGUGACGGUGGGUGGGAUGCUGUUUACCGUCCAGACCGCAGCGGGAUGUGGAUCUUGCCCGCGGAGCUGCUUCUGGGCAGCAGGCUGUGGCCUCUCGGCCCCUGAAAAGUCGUCCCCCUGGGGCAGCGUUACCGCAGAAACUCAGCACCCAGCCCUCGGGGCGGGGCCUCCUCUGUGGUCUCAGCCGUUUCCAUUUCAGAUGAGGCUUUAGGAGAUAAACUCGUUCAAAAAGAGUGAGAGUCAAAUUGUAAAUGUCGUCUUAUUGUUGAUCUCCGGUGAUGCUUCCAGAGACUGCUUCCACCUGGGUUUUGUUUAAGUGAUUUGGGCACUUUCCCACUUUGCUGAACAGUGUUUACUGAGUUCCUGACACGUGUCUGACUUCACCAGGCACUGAAGACGAUGCAGGGAACUGAGUGUGCUUUGCCCGCAUGCACACACACCGUGCACACGCACGCACACGCUACACACGUGUGCGUGGACACAGGCAGUCUUUCCUGAGCCAUUCCAGAGGGAGUUGCGUGCACCUGGCCUCUGGCCUGAGUGCCUCGGAAGGAGGUGGCGCUUCCUGACCUUCAGUUACUGUUUUUUCCACCGAAGCUGACAAGCAGUCUGUGCGGGCCCCUCCCCAAACCUCCCCGACACAGCACCCACUGGUGAUUCCUGCUGCGGCCGCCCGCCACUCAGCAGGCUCCCACCUUCCCCCGUUGCCUGUUUCUCGUGAGCGUUUGUUACUUACCUGUCAUCGGCAGUUCUCAGUGUUUAGAUGUGGCCCCCAGUCGUCAGCCUGCACGCAUGGACUGCUGCCGGAUCCCGAUGGGCCGUGAGCUGCCCUGUCGGUUGCCUUGGUGUUCAAACUGCAGAUACCCCUGGGGGGGCCUGUCAAGCCGUGCUGUCCCGGCUGCGUGCCGCGUCAUUAAGGUUUUGAGCACGUCCCUGCCUCCUGGCACAAGGAGUCCCGCCCAGGCUCCUCGGGCCUCUCUGUCUCCACCCUGGAGUCGGCCGUUUGGAGGGCCCGGGCUCCUUCUGGCAGGGACUGGUUUCAGAGACCAGUAUCUGGGUGCACAGUGCGCUCACUGCUAUCAGGAUGCCCGUGUUUCUAGGCCCUUUCUUCGGAGACAGAGGACAGGCGCGCCUGCACGUGGGCACACGCUUACGCACGUGCACAGGCAUGAGAGGUCACAGCACCAUGCUGACACCUCCAGUUCCACCCCAUCUCUGUGGGCGUCUGUUUGCCUCCCUCGUUCCACGUCUGCAUGUCCUGUCCCUGCAGUGAGAAUCCUGACCCCGACAACAUCAACGUACGUUUGACCCGUGUCAAGGGACACCGACCCCCACGCAGUUGGAAAUCUGCAUAUAACCUUUGACCCGCCCCCCCGCCAAGGCUUAAUUACUAAUAGCUCCUGUUGAGUGGAAGAUUUACCCAUAACAUGAACGGUCGAUGACACAUAUCUAUAUGUUACAUGUCAGAUGCUGUAUUCUUUCAAUUAUGUAAGCUACAGAAAAGAAAAUAUUAAGAAAAUCAUAGGGGGACCUCCCUGGUGGUCCAGUGGUUAAGACUUUGCCUUCCAGUGCAGGGGGUGCGGGUUCGA